AUGGCUUACAGAAAUAUCGUCCUCAGCACAUUCUUAUUACCUUGCGCAGUAUCAGCAAUUGUUAGUGGCUGGUUAUGUGAUCGAUUUGGUACAAAAAUUGUUGGACUUACCUCCAUGAUUAUCUCGAUCCCUGCUUUCAUCUGGAUUGGCGUUCCUAAUCAGAACAUCCAGAGUGUCGUUUCAGCUCUUGUUGUUGGCGGCAUUACGUUAUCAGGCAUGUCUGUAUCCACAGUUUAUAGCACGAUCAAAACCAUGCAAAAGAUCUUAUCACAGCAGCAAUUUGAAAAGACCAAGCAGCAGCAACAGCAAUACCAACAACAGCACAUGCCAGCCAUCUUCGCCACCAUCUAUCUCAUGUCAGGGGUUGGUUUGUUUUUGGGCUACUUUCUAUCCAAGCUGAAUGAUAUCAUUGGAUUCUUUUGGUUAUGUUUUGUCUUUUCUAUGCUACUAGUUACAUGUGUGCCUUUCAUGGCUUACUUUCCCAAGGGUAAAUUGUUUCGAAAUAGUGGCAGCCAGACAGGGUUCAAUGCAAGUACAAGCAAGAAAUCCAUCGUCAAUAAUACAAGACCAGAGAGUUUUGCAGAAUCCAUCCUCUCUGAUGAUGAAACUACAUUGGGAUCAUCCUUGAAAUUAGACUGCAAUGUUACUUUAGAAUCUAAAUCCAUUAUUGUUAUCCCUUAA